CAGCCCUUUAGCCCAAAGUUUGACCUUCGCGACGGCCCUGCCAAGCAAAAAAUCAUCUGCGUUCGGCGCAGACUACUUGUCAAAGGGACCUGCGAACAUCUAUUUUUGGAGUCGUUCAACGAGCAGAACCCCACUCUUCCCUUCUUCUAGCAACUCCUCCUCCCAAAAUAGUCCCGACUCUUUCAUCUUCGCUUGAGGGUGGCGUAUAAACUCGUUUCGAGGACACAGAUACACACGGACACACAAGAUGGCUCCUUCUGAGAACACGCCCUUGGUUGGCGGCAACAACCACAGCGAUCAGUCGGGCAAUGCUUUGCCAAUGCAUCGGCCUACGUCGUUUCCCUCGCGACUGAACCCGAACGCGCCGCCGGGCCAUCCCAACUUCGUCUCUUCGGUUUACUGGCUCUUCACCUCUUCCUGGGUCAACAUCCUCCUCCUCUUUGUGCCCCUCGGAUUCGCCUCGGAGUUUCUCCACUGGCCUGCUGUCUGGCGCUUCUCGCUCAACUUCUUGGCCAUUGUUCCCCUCGCAAAGCUCCUUGGUGAUGCCACAGAGCAGGCCUCGCUCAAGCUUGGUCAGACUCUCGGUGGCCUUCUCAACGCAACCUUCGGAAAUGCUGUCGAGCUCAUCGUCGGCAUUGUUGCUCUGCUCCAAGGCCAGCUCCGCAUUGUUCAGCAGUCGCUGAUUGGAUCGAUUCUGUCCAACAUUCUCCUCGUCCUCGGAUGCUCCUUUGUCGCCGGCGGCCUCUUCAAGUCUGAGUCGACGUUCCAGCAGACGGCUGCCCAAGCCUCGGGCAGCAUUAUGAUGCUCGGCUGCAUCACCGUCGCUAUUCCUGCCGCCUAUCAGGGCAGCAGCCGCAUGUCGGCCCUCCUCACGGGCGGCUUCGAGGCCCUCGAGAAGAUCAACAAGCACGCAGAUGAGACGGAGCAUGGCCUCCUCUUCAUCUCGCGCGGCGCAUCGUUGAUCCUCGUUGCCGUCUACGCUCUCUACCUCAUUUUCCAGCUCAGGACCCAUGCGUUCCUGUACGAGGCUGAGGAGGCAGAUGAAGAGGAAGAAGUGCCCAUGAUGACGCCCGUUGCCGCCGUCGCCGGCCUCCUUGCGGUGACGCUUGUGACGAGCUUCAACGCAGACUACCUCGUCGGUGCCAUUGACGAGACGGCGCAGGAGUACGGCAUCCCCAAGGCAUUCAUCGGCACCAUUCUCUUGCCCGUCGUGGGCAAUGCCACCGAGCACUUUACCUCGGUCUGGAUGGCCGCAAAGAACAAGAUGGAAAUCGCAAUUGGCGUCUCCGUUGGUUCGUCGAUCCAGAUUGCCGUUGGCGUCAUUCCCUCGCUCGUUCUUCUGGGCUGGGCUGUGGGCCAGCCCUUGACGCUCUACUUCCAGUCCUUUGAGACCGUUGUCCUCGUCGCAUCCGUCGUCCUCGUCAACACGCUUAUCCAGGACGGCCGAAGCAACUACAUGGAGGGCGCCAUGCUCGUCUCCCUAUAUGCCGUUGCCGCACUCUCCUUCUGGGUCGAGCCGGACGUAUGAGCGAUCAUAUCAGUCAUUCGCGUGCCACAAAGAAGCGAAAGAAGAGCUGAAGCGGCCCUCGUCCAGCGUUGUGGAUCAUGGAAGGGAGAGAAGGAAAAGAAAAGAAAGUGCAGGAGAGAGAGAAGGAGAAAAGACGAUGCUCGGGAAUGGGAAUUUCAUUGUCAUGUUACAGAUUACGCGUCUCGAUUCCUUCGACGGGAAGCGUAUCGCAGUUGCAGCCUACUUGUCAUUGCUUUAACUUUCAUAUGAUGACGAUGUCGUGUCGUUUCGCUCCUUUCGCGGUUUAACAAGU